GCUCCCCGUAGCAGCUUAUAAAAUGUCGCAAACCGGAAGUCCCGCCCCUCUUCGUCCCCUCUGCGUCAGACUGAUAGUCUGAGUCCCGGCGCCGCAGCGACAUGCCUCGCAAGAUUGAAGAAAUCAAAGAUUUCCUGCUGACAGCCAGGAGGAAGGACGCCAAGUCCGUAAAGAUCAAGAAGAACAAGGACAAUGUGAAGUUUAAGGUGCGCUGCAGCAGAUACCUGUACACACUGGUCAUCACAGACAAAGAGAAGGCCGAGAAGCUCAAGCAAUCACUGCCCCCAGGUUUGGCUGUGAAGGAGCUCAAGUAAAAGUGAUGUACAGAAAAUUGUAAUAAAAAAUGGAAAACCAA